AUGUCUCGAUUCGAAACCAUUGCCAAAACUCUGGGCAAUAAGAAACUUGCUUUUUUCACAAUUUCCCUUCUCCACUUGGUUUCGUCUACCAUCAUGUUAAUGUACUAUGUCGGAGUUAUUUUCUAUUACUUCUAUUCCAUUACUCAUCCUUCCGACAAUGAAACUUUUUCCACAAUGUCUUCUACUGACCUUUUAACAAUUACUGCUAUUCGAAAGGUACAAACAGGACCUUCACCAACUGGUAUUCUUAUUUUCUAUGCAAUUAUUUUCUCCUUUCCAGUGGCUCAACUUGUAGCACUUGUAACUUCAGUUGUUUGGUUAGUUUACAAUUUAACGAAACCACAACGAAAGUUAUUAUUGAAUAUUUCCAUGUUUGGAACAGUCUUACAAGUAUUAAUUUGUUGUGUGAGCUUUAUCUUGUGUUUUUAUUUCAUUUUCUCAACUCCAAUCCCAAUCUAUUUCAUUGUUUCAGUUAUUUUCAUGGGAGUUUUGGGAAUUUGGUCUUUGCUUGCUUGUUUUUUUUGUGCAGCUCAAAUUAAGUGGUGGAAUUUGGAAGAAUUGAGAAGGAAACAUGGAAGAAAUUAUCAUGAAAGAACAAUUGCUGAGGAACAAGUAGAAGAUGAUGUUGAAUAA